AUGCUUCAGCAGCACUUCAGCAUCCUCUGCCCUGCCCAGCUCAGCGGAACUAGCACGGUGACACGGACGAAUCUCUCUCUCUUUUUCGUGUUGCGGGAGAGUGUUGCAGCCAUGGCAAACAGAGGGCCCAGCUACGGACUGAGCCGAGAGGUGCAGGAGAAGAUCGAGCAGAAGUAUGACCCCGACCUGGAGCAGCGGCUGGUGGACUGGAUUCUCGCACAGUGCGGAGGAAAUCUGGAGAGGCCACAGGCGGGGAGGCAGAACUUCCAGAAAUGGCUGAUGGAUGGGACAACCCUCUGCAGACUCAUCAACAGCCUUUACCCAAGGGGGAAGGAGCCAAUCAAAAAGAUUCCUGAGACUCAGAUGGCCUUCAAACAAAUGGAGAAGAUCUCUCAGUUCCUGCAAGCAGCUGAAGCUUAUGGAGUCACAACCACUGACAUUUUCCAAACUGUGGACCUCUGGGAAGGAAAGGACAUGGCAGCAGUGCAAAGAACUCUCAUGGCUUUGGGCAGCGUGGCUGUCACUAAGGAUGACGGCCACUACAGAGGAGAUCGAGACUGGUUUCACAGGAAAGCCCAGGGUUAUCGACGAGAGUUCAGCGAAGAGCAGCUUCGCCAGGGCCAGUGUCUGAUCGGCCUGCAGAUGGGCAGCAACCGCGGGGCUUCCCAAUCUGGUAUGACGGGCUACGGUAUGCACCGUCAGAUCAUGUAGACCACUUAACCUGCUCCCCUGCUUCUACGCUUUAUUUUCUACUAAUAACUCAGAAGCUGUACCAUCACAUCCUCACUAGCCCUGCCACGUUAACCUCAAAUUCCCUGGAACUGCUGCUCCCCUAAACAGAGUGAUCAAUGAUGUCAGAUGCUGUAGAUCUCUUUUCCUGUUCCUCUGCUCCCUCUCAACAUGUGCUGUUUCUCUUUGUUUCCAUGUGCAGAUGAUUAUCUAAUGUGGAACUUAAAGUCAUACAAUAUCAAUUUAGUCUUUGUCUGGAGAAUUUAAAGCUCCUGUGAGGAGUUUUUAGAUAGUUAUGAAACAGACUGACAUCUACAAUGAUGCCUCUUUAUGGCCUUCAUGAAACAAACAAGCCAAUCAGGAAGAUCAAUUUCCUAUAAUUUUAUGUUAUUUUCAAUGCCUUUAACUGAUGCCACGGGGUAGAAGUCAGAUGAGCAGCAUUCUUUUAUUUACAUUUUUCAAGAUGAGCGUUAGAUUUGACUGUGAAAAGAAAUGCAUGUACUGGAAAAGAUCAGCAAAGAAAUAAAAGACAAAAUAGAAACUGAAAAGUUCCUCACAGGUGCUUUGAGAUCAAAUCUCUGUAUAAUGAAGCUCUCAGUGUUACACAUUUGAAAACUGUUUGAAAAGCACGUUUAAAGCUAUUUAUUUAUAUGUUUACAUUUUAUUCCAUGGGUCAUUGUGCUUGGAUGUUACAGUGUAAUGAUUUAGCCUUAAACUUAAUGGAACUCAGUGACAAAUGAUGUCUCUGCUAUCUCGUCUGUAGACUUGUUGCAGUAUCUUCUGUAACCAAAUCAACCUCACGUUGUGCCUGGUUAUGGGACUACAGAGACUGGGUCCUGAUUUAGUGUCUGCAAAUUCUAAAUGAGUUUUAUUCAUUCUGAGCCA